AUGAGCGGAGACUAUGCAGGCUAUAAGGGCUACGACCAGGGCGAAUGGAGGCUCGUUCUGGUCGGAAAAACUGGAGUGGGCAAGAGCGCAGCCGGGAACACCAUCCUGGCACGAGAGGCUUUUGAGUCUGAGCUGUCCCCCUCCUCUAUGACGUCAGAAUGCCACAAAGCCAAAGGGUUCAUCGGCGGGCAUCAUAUUGCUGUUAUCGAUACUCCGGGGCUUUUCGACACAAAUUUCCCCCAAGAGGAAGUUUUGAAAAGGAUUAAGAUGUGCAUUUCGCUGUCUUCGCCUGGCCCGCAUGCGUUUUUGAUUUGCCUCCAGCUCGGGAGGUUCACCAAGGAGGAGAAGGAAACCGUGCAAAUGAUUCAAACCACAUUCGGGGAAGAGGCAGCCAACUACACCAUGGUUUUGUUCACUCACGGUGAUCAGCUACAAAGGCAAAACAUCGAGUCCUACAUAGCAGAGAAUGCAGAUCUGCGGGAGCUGAUUCAAAGUUGCCACAACCGCUAUCACGUCUUCAACAACGAAAUCAAAGACGAGAAGCAAACGUAUAAACUUUUUGACAUAAUUGAGGAGAUGAUAGGAAGCAACGGAGGCGGGUUUUACACCAACGAGAUGUUCAAGCGAGCAGAGGAGGCUAUCGAGAAAGAAAAGCACCGUCUUCUGAUGGAGUUGGAAGAGCAGCGCAGACAGGAGCUGGAGAAGUUGCGCUCCAAGUACGGCAAAGACCAAAAUGUCUACUACAAGGAGGAAAUAAAUGUGAACAUGAGAUACCAAAACAAGGCCCGGAUGCAAGCCGAGAAGUCCAACGAGUUCACGGCAGCUCCGGUUAUUGCCACGGCAGCAGCCUGUGGCGCGGCCGUCGGAGGGUUAUUAGGUAUAGCCGGGGGUCCGAUCGGGGUCGUGGUGGGAAUCGGGGUCGGAGCAGCUGUGGGGGCAGGCUCCAAGAAGCAAAAGAAGAAAGACCAACAACAGCUGCGGAUGAUCCUGGUCGGAAAAACCGGAGCGGGAAAGAGCGCGGCCGGAAACACUAUUCUGGGACGGCAGGAGUUUGCGUCGGAAUUAUCCUCGUCAUCGUGGACCUAUCAAUGCCAACGGUCAGAGACGACGAUCCGCGGACGAAAUGUGGCCGUGAUCGACACUCCGGGACUCUUUGACACCAAUUUCACAGAGGACGAAGUUUUGAAAAAGAUUACAACUUGCGUUGCGAUGUCCGCGCCUGGUCCCCACGCGUUUUUGCUGGUCCUGAGGUUGGGAAGGUUUACGGAAGAGGAAAAGGAGACUGUGCGAUUAAUACACAGGACUUUUGGGAUGGACGCCGCAAGAUUCUCGCUAGUUUUGUUCACGCACGGCGAUAAAUUGAAGAAAAUGACGAUCGAACAGUUUAUUUCAAAAAGCGAAGAUCUCGAGCAGCUUGUGGAGGUGUGUUAUGGGAGGUAUCAUGUUUUUAAUAACCAGGACACCAACCCUCAACAGACGGACGAGCUGAUUGAUAAAAUGGACAGAAUGGUGACAGAGAAUCAGGGAAGGUACUACACAGUGAAGAUGUUCAAAAGCGUGACGAAAAUGUCCAAACGGGAAAAGAAGCAUUUGAAGAAAGAGGAGAAAGCAGAGGAGCUGUCAAGGCAGGACGGGCUCAGGGCAGAGGUGGAGAGAGAGAUGGCAUCGCAACCUUCACUGGGAAAAGAAAAGAAGAACAAAUGUAUACUGCAGUGA